AUGGACAAGCGAACGGGAGAAAGUCCAAUGGACUUUGAAUGGCAAACUCGAGCCCCCGGCGAUGUGACUUCGCCCUUCUACCAGCUUGGGGCGCAGCAUGACAAGAAACGUUUGUAUCCCAGUCGGAACGAGGACACUUGCAAUCCCAAGCCCUCUAACACUCGCAUAGGAACAUACAGCACAUUCGAAUCCCCCCAGAAGCAAGCGCUACCCUCCCUCCGUGAACCAAACUCUCAACCCUUCCUCUUCUCGCAACCCCGACAGCAACCCGCACCACUAUCGCCGAAGGCCAAAUUUGGCCAACCUGCUUUCCAGACGCCACGGAAAUUCGACGUGGAUUUCUCAUCAGGCGCCGAGAAUAUGUCAUCCCCGGAAUUCGCAGACAACGAAGAUACCCCCGAGCAGCAAUACAAGUCAGGGAAGGCGUCACUAUUCAACUUUCAUGGCAGGAAUCCUCAGAGCCCAGGGCGAGGGGAAAUCCCUCGGCUGACUCACCACUCCAACGCAGCUUUGCACCGGAUACAAAAGAAGCGACGGAGAGACAAGGAACUUGGCCGACAACUACGGGUCGACAGCGAUGACGAGAGCGACCAAGACCGGCCCAGCAACAGGGAAGAGAAAUCGAUGAAAGUCGCAAAGCAAGGGAAGGGACAGAAGUCCGAACAGGGUCGCUCGCGAGUGUCAUCCUGGUCUGAGUUCUUCAGCAUGCUGGAGGCACACCCAAAUGUUCCCGCCAUCCUAUCAUGGUGGGCCCAACUGGUGGUCAACCUGUCGCUAUUCUCUCUGGCUGUCUAUGUUGUCUUCGGAUUUGUGUCAGCCAUUCGCGGCGAGUUCGAACAGGCUGCGCAGGAAAUGUCCGAUACUAUCUUGGCCGACAUGGCAGUCUGCACGAAAAACUACAUUGACAAUGACUGCGGCCGAUCGACUCGCGCGCCCGCCCUGGAGACUAUAUGCGAGAACUGGGAACGAUGCAUGAAUCGUGACCCGGCAAAGGUUGGCCGCGCCAAGGUCUCCGCGCAUACAAUGGCCAUUAUCAUCAACAGUUUCAUCGACCCCAUUAGCUGGAAGGCGAUUCUGUUCUUCCUCGCAACCAUAUCUACCGUCACUGUUGUUAGCAACUGGUCAUUCCGCUCAUUCAGACACCGUCUCCAACAACAGAACUACGCGCAACACCCACCCCAACCCCAGUCCAUGCACCCCCAUCUGCAGCAUAACCCAUCCUUUGGGUACUAUGGGCAGCAAGACCCUCGGCAAACCCAAGGCGCCUACAAUGAGAAACAAGAUCAACCCCUGAUGCUCGAGAACACACGGGCGAUGGACUUUGUCACUGAGCGCUCUCGUGAGCGCGAGCAGCACCUCCGGACACCGAGCCCAACUAAACGCAGGUUUGCCUAA